AUGUCUUCAACACCAGAUUUCAAGGUUUCUUCUGAAACUGCUCGUGAAUACGAAACAAAAUAUUCUGCUCACAACUACCAUCCAUUACCAGUAGUUUUUUCGAAAGCUGAAGGUGCUCAUGUCUGGGAUCCUGAAGGGAAAGAGUAUUUGGACUUUUUGUCUGCAUAUUCUGCUGUUAACCAAGGUCAUUGUCAUCCCAAGAUUGUUGCUGCAUUGGUUGAUCAAGCCUCGAAAUUGACAUUGUGUUCUCGUGCAUUUUCGUCUGAUGUGUUUGGAGUCUAUGCCAAGUACAUUACCGAGUACUUUAACUAUGAGAUGGUGUUGCCAAUGAAUACUGGUGCUGAAGCAGUUGAGACUGGUUUGAAGUUGGCAAGAAAAUGGGGUUACGACAAGAAAGGCAUUCCAAGUGGCGAGGCUAUAAUUUUGUCUGCUGUCAACAAUUUCCAUGGUAGAACAUUGGGAGUUAUUUCCAUGUCCACUGACCCUGAUGCCACGACCAACUUUGGUCCUUACUUGAAAGGUGUUGGUCCUCAAAUUCCUGGUGAACCAGAGGGCACUUUGUUGAGAUAUGGGGUUAUUGAAGAUGUCGAGAAAGCAUUUGCCAAUGCUGGUGAUAAGAUUGCUGCUAUUUUAUUAGAGCCUAUUCAAGGUGAAGCUGGUAUUGUUGUUCCUCCAGAAGACUACUUGCCAAGAGUUCAAGAAUUGUGUAAGAAGCAUAACGUUUUGUUGAUUUGUGACGAGAUCCAAACUGGUAUUGCCAGAACUGGUAAAAUGUUGUGCUAUGAACAUUCCAAAGGUGUCAAACCAGAUAUUGUCUUGUUAGGAAAGGCUAUUUCUGGAGGGGUUAUGCCAGUGUCUGCGGUUUUAUCGUCGAAAGAAGUAAUGUUGACUUUAGAGCCAGGGUCACAUGGAUCUACUUACGGUGGUAAUCCAUUGGCAUGUAGAGUUGCUAUUGCUGCUUUGGAUGUUGUUAGGGAUGAGAAUUUGGUUGAAAGAGCACAAAAAUUAGGUACAUUAUUGAGAGAAAAAUUAGAAGAGUUGCAAAAGGAAAGCAAUGGAAUGAUUAGCGAAGUAAGAGGCAAAGGGUUAUUAUCCGCCAUUGUUAUAGACGAAUCAAAGACCAAUGGCAGAACUGCCUGGGACUUGUGUUUGUUAAUGAAAAAUCACGGUGUUUUGGCCAAACCAACUCAUGACAAUAUCAUCCGAUUAGCUCCUCCUUUGGUCAUUUCCGAGGAAGACUUGUUGAAAGGUGUUGACAGUAUUAGAAAAUCAUUAAAAGAGUUGCCAAAUGUUGCCAAAACAGAACAUUAG